CUGCAGUGAGCUAACCUGAAGGAGCAGAGCCUAUGUCGCCAAGACUUGCAUUAUUCAUUCCUUAAUAAGUGGUUAAACAUAUUUCCUUUCUGAAGUAGUGAUUAUGUAGAAUUUUUUUAAAUCGAGAAACAAACAUUCUAAGCCAGAGGUAGAGCUAGUUGCAAAAACGCUUGGGUCUCAAAGAGUUAAAUUGAAUAACAGGAUGUAAAUUGAAUAAAUAACAGGAUGUAAGUUGAAUUACAGGAUGUAGGUUUUGGAUCUUGUAAUCUAAGGACUAGGUUUUUUUCACAAGGCACAAUCAACAGUGAGACAUUCACAUACAAACCAGGAGUCCUACCACAGUAAGUACUGUUGCUGAUCUUUGAAUAAUGCUAAUUAUUAUUAAUCAACAGUACCAUAAAAGGUGUGUGUGUGGACAUGUUUAACUAUGCUUGUGUCUGUGUGUGUGUGUUACGUAAUUAAAUGUCUUCGUACCCACCUUAUUCUUAGAUGGAGAUUGGUGACAUGAUUGAGAUAAACAGAGGUGCAUACAACCACUGGGCUCUGUACAUUGGAAAUGGAGAGGUCAUCCAUUUUGUAACUCCAGGUAUGAUAUUUUUCUGGAAAUGUAUUUGUGGUAGCCUAUAUUCCAAUUCCAGAAUUGGAGGAGAGUGUAAACAUAAUCUGAAGUCAAAUGUUAACAGCACAGUAAAACUGAUAUCUGAACAUGGUUGAUAGAGUAAGAACUUUUUAUAAUAAUAUGCCAUUUAGCAGACGCUUUUAUCCAAAGCGACUUACAGUCAUGCGUGCAUACAUUUUUUUGUGUAUGGGUGGUCCCGGGGAUCGAACCCACUACCUUGGCGUUACAAGCGCCGUGCUCUACCAGCUGAGCUACAGAUUUUUGAACUUAUUCAGUCAGAUACAGUAUCUGCUGAGUUCUGUCUGCCUCUUUAUUUCUCGCAUCAAAACACACAAUUACACUUACAUGUGUACACACACACACACACUCACUUUUUUAUUUCUUCCUGUUUUGUAGAUGGCCCUUCAAGACUAGCUUUCUGCAGUGUUAGCUCAUCCAGCGGCAGUCUUUCCUGUAAAGGCACGAUUACAAUAGAUAAGUUAAAGGAUAUGGCAGCAGGGAAUACUUACAAAAUCAACAACUACUUGGAUGGCAAGUACAAACCAAGGAGGACUGACGUCAUUAUGGAGGAUGUGGACAAAAUGAGAGGUCGCACAGGAAAAUAUGACGUCCUUGGACAAAACUGCGAGCAUUUUGUAACUUUCCUCCGUUAUGGCAAAUCAGAGUCUAAACAGGUAGCUAAGACAGUAUAAUUAAGAUAAUUUUCUAAUUAAUGCUUUGCUUGAGGAGAUGCACUCCAUAUUAAUUUGCUUUCUGCUUGUCUUUUUCCUUGCAGGCAGAUGACUUCAUGAUGGAUUUGUUAACUGGUUCUGGCCUGCUUGGUGGACUGGCUCUAUUUGCUAUUUCUGCAACUGCUGCAGCAAUCAAACUUAGUAAAUAAUUUAUUCGGUCUCAUGAGUCUAAAUCAAAUCACAUUUAAUUUUUCACAUACACGUGUUCAGCAGAUGUUAUUGCGGGUGUAGCGAAAUGCUUGUA